AUGGAUUUUUGGAUUAGUAUUGCCGUCAUUUUCGGGAUAAUACUGUCAAUACUAUGUGCUAACGAUGCGUUCCAAAGACGUAGAAAAAUAUUUCGUGCAAUUAACAAGUUUGCCGGACCACCGCUUUAUCCGAUUAUUGGAAACUCGAAUGCAAUUGUGUUCAAAACUCCCGCCAAAAUUUUUGAAUUGUCACGUAUCUGGGCGAAAACUUACGGCCGUUCGUACCAUUUCUGGAUAAACGAGCGAAACUUUGCGCUGAACAUUGUAAAAGUUCGUGAAGCAGAACCACUGUUGUCUAGCCCGAAGCACAUCAACAAGAGUCGUUUCUACAUGUUUCUGCGUCCUUUUCUUGGAGAUAGUAUUUUUAUUAGAACCGGAUCAGACUGGUUAAAACGGCGUCGACUAUUGACACCAACAUUUCAUUUCAACAUCCUUACCAGGUUUCAUAAAAUAUUUAUAGACGAAUGUGAACGACUUCUGCAAACGCUGGAAAACCAUGCCAACUGUGGCGAACCUACUGAACUUGAAUCCCAAAUGUCGUGCUUUGCGUUGAGUACAAUUUGUGAAACUGCAAUGGGCGUUAAACUGAAUACAAUCGAAGGUGGAGAAAUAUAUCCCGAGAAAUUGCACAAAAUCGGUGAACUGAUCGUUUACCGGAUGAUGCGCCCUUGGUUACACAUAGACUUGGCUGCUAAACUGAGUGGCUAUUUAACUACGUUUCGAAAGAUCACAGAUCAAGUUCGCUUAUUCACGGAAAAAGUCAUUAAUCACAGGAGAGAGCAAUUUCAACUGAUGACGGACAAACAAGAAGACCUUUCCGAAGAGAACAUUUAUACGAACACGAAACAAAGACACGCAAUGUUGGAUUCCCUUUUUCUGGCUGAGAGGAAAGGAAAAAUUUCCAGGAAAGAAAUUCGGGAAGAAGUCGAUACGUUUAUCUUUGCAGGUCAUGACACCACCACAGCUGCCUUGGUAUUUAUAUUUUUCCAACUAGCUCGUGAACCUACCGUUCAAGAACAGAUGUAUCAGGAGAUCUGCGAAGUUCGCUCCCGUAAGUCCACCGAAGACAAAUGGUUCAACCAACAGGAUUACGCAGAAAUGAAGCUUGUAGAUCGAGCAAUAAAAGAGUGUCUUCGUUUAUGGCCACCGGUUAUAUUUAUAUCGAGAGCCCUUACCGAAGACGUUGUGUUGGCAGAUGGUGAUAUCAUACCGGCAGGUUGUAUUGCAGGUGUUCACAUAUUUGACUUGCAUCGUGACCCGGAGCAGUUUCCCAACCCGGAUGUGUUCGACGCGGAUCGCUUCUUGCCGGAGAACGUAGAACGCAGGAAUCCCUAUGCAUACAUUCCAUUCAGUGCUGGACCUAGAAACUGCCUUGGUCAGAAGUACGCAAUGAUGCAGCUGAAGGUCGUUGUUACACAUACCUUGCUGCAAUUCAAAGUGCUUCCGAAGACCCGCUUGGAGGAAAUUACCCUUAUUGCAGGCAUGGUAAUGCGAAGCUCCGAUCCAAUUGAGGUUAGGUUUGUUAAACGUUGA